ACAGCAUGGUGAAGAAAGGCGGUUUGAGCACUCUGGAAACAUGGCUGAUCGUUCUCUUCGUGGUCAUGACCGGUGUCAGCGUGGGCCUGGUUGUCCUCUACUUUGUUGACAAUGGGGAAGAUUCAGCGACCUUAGGGCCGGACUCAGGCUGCGGCGGUCCGCAACAACUCACGGGAGAGUCGGGCACCUUCACCAGCCGCUUCUAUCCCAGCAGCUAUGACAACGGAAGGAGCUGCUCCUGGCACAUUACUGUGGAUCCCGAUAAGGUCAUCUCACUAUGGUUUGAAGAAUUUGCCGUGGAGGACACGCAACUGUGUAGCGCAGAUGUGGUGACGCUGCGAGAUUCACUAGGAGUGAUUGGCAAAUACUGCGGCUACACCAAACCCAUUCCUGUGGUGACUCUGACCAACCGCCUGACCGUGUACUUUGAUACCAAUGACAGAAAAACAGACCAAGGAUUCAAGGCUCAUUACAAGGCCGUGUCUCCCGAGCGUAUAUCGGAAAUAGCCGGAGCUGGUGGCUUUCUCCAUGGUGACCGGGGGGAUCUGCUGACCCCUGGCUUUCCAGAGCAGAAGUACCCCAAUAGCGCGACAUACCAGUGGAAAAUCACCGUCCCUGAAGGCGAGGGUGUUCGACUGACGUUCACCACUUUUGACCUGAUACCCGAAGUGUGCGGCGACUAUGUACAGGUCUUCGACGAUUCUUCGCUAUUAGGGAAAUUCUGUGGGGGAUCCUUGCCCAAACCGGUGGAGUCUAGCACAAACACCAUGAUUGUGCGGUUCAGAUCGGACAGCACCCAGAACUCUCGAGGGUUCCGUGCCACUUUCACUAAAUCCAGCCUUCCACCUAUCGUCCUCCCCACCACUGUGAAGCCUACGACAACGCCUGAACCCACUACCCCGACACUCCCGCCCACCACCCCGAUUACCGGUGGUCCGGUUAUUCUCAACGGGCGCAAGGGUACUAUCCAGUCCGAGGGAUUCCCAGAUCCGUACCCGCCUUACCAAAACGUCUCGUGGAGGAUAAGCGUACCCAAAGGGUUUCUGGCGAAGCUCCAGAUUACCGAAUUGGCCAUCACAGGGGAACCUUUACAAUGCAAGGACGACAAGCUGAUUGUAUCAGAUGCUUACGGCCCGCUAGGCACGCACUGUGGCUACAUCCUCCCGCCGGUUUUGGUGGCCGCCACCAACGCUUUGUCUGUCUCCUUCUUGUCUGACGGCCGGCUCACCGACAGAGGCUUUUCUGCUAAGUGGGAGGCCGUCUACCCUGAGGAUAUAGCAGAAAUUCAAGGAUGCGGCUUGUCAUCCAAGGAAGAGAUUGGCGUGAUCAAGUCGCACAACUGGCCUAUGAACUACAAGGCCAACGCCGAGUGCAUGUGGAGUGUCGCGGUCCCAUUGGGCAAGAAAAUCACCCUGACCUUUACUCACUUUGACCUGGAGGCCAAAGAUAUUCUGUCAUCGAAGUGCGCUGACAGCGUCGUGGUGUACGAUAUCAACGGCCUGACCAACACUUUGCAUCAAAAACAUGGACCGUUUUGCGGUACCAAAAUCCCUCGAAGUAUCAAGACCAAAGGAAACAAACUGGUGGUUCGGUUCCAUUCAGACCUAUUGAUAGAAGCCAAAGGUUUCAGAGCCUACUGGACUACAAAUCCCAGCCUGCCUGGACCGACUGAGGCGCCUGCUCCGCGUAAUCCUUGGGAUGACAUCAUCAUAGACUGGCCUGCCACAUGCGGCAAACCAGCCAUCCCUCCCUCCAUUAUGUCUCGUAUUGUGAACGGAGAAGAAGCCAGGGCACAUUCAUGGCCCUGGCAGGUGUCCAUGCAGGUGUGGCCAGCCAGUCAAGCCGAUCCAACUUUCUUCCAUGUAUGUGGUGGCACUCUUAUUCAUAAGAACUGGGUGCUCACAGCAGCUCACUGCUUCAUCAACUAUGCUGAUGAGCUGCAACGCUGGCGAAUGUGUCUAGGCAAGCACAACCUAACCAUCACAGAACCUAGCGAGCACUGCCUAAGCGUGUUGGGCAUCCACCGCCACGAGGCUUUUAGGUACCCAACCGUGCCUACUGUGGAGUUUGAUAUUGCCCUGGUCAGGCUGGAUGGAGAUGCCGAGGUCAGGGACCAGAUCGCCUUCGCCUGCCUACCUUCUCUGGAGGAGAUCCUCCCAGGGGGAAAGAAAUGCUACGCCACUGGCUGGGGGGAUGAGACAGGGGAUUCCCUCAAUGCUAAAGUGGCAGAGACUCUUAACCAAGUAGCAUUGCCUGUGGUACCAUACGACACAUGCAAGCGGAUGGACUACUGGUGGUUCCAGGUGAAGCCCUCCAUGAUCUGCUGCGGUUACACGCUUCCUGAUGAGCUCCAGUCAGUUUGUCAGGGAGAUUCUGGCGGUCCUCUCGUGUGCCAGGACGGUGCUGAAAGUCCCUGGGAAGUCCAUGGAAUCACCAGUUUUGGUCCCAUUGGAUGCAUCAUGAACAAGAAGCCUUCGGUGUUCACCCGAUCAUCUGCAUACCUUCCCUGGAUUAGUAACAUCAUACGCAGGGACAUCUACAAUCGACUUACGUCCGGCUGUGGCGGCGCGAAGGAUUUGACGGGCACAGGCGGCACGUUUUCUUCCAUGGACUUUCCAGAGGGUUACAGCAACAACGCUCAAUGCCAGUGGAACAUCCACGCACCCGCUGGGAAAGUGGUACACCUCCACUUUAGCAACUUCUCUCUGGAGGAGAGCCUAAUGUGUAUGAGCGACAAAGUCAGCAUUGCAGACGCAGCAGGAAGUCUAGGCACCCACUGUAGCCACAUUCCACCAAUGGAUCUGGUGAGUGACGGGAACUCACUUCACAUUUCCUUCUCAUCCAAUGACAAGGUGGUGGACACUGGUUUUACCGCCACCUGGAAGGCGGUGGACCCUUCGGAAGCUCCUUGCGGGGGUACGUUUAGCACCUCCCAGGGUGAACUCACUAGUCCCAACUGGCCCAACGACUACCCAAUCCAAGCCGUGUGUACGUGGAGGAUUCGGGUCCCUGCCGCUGAAAGUAUCUACGUAGAGUUCACACAUUUCGAGCUGCAGGCCGUCAGCGUUAUUGGCGAAUGCGUUGACUAUGUGGAGGUCUUCAGCGGGGGAAGCAUGACGUCACUAGGUCGCUUCUGUGGCUUUGCCCCGCCGCCCAAACUGACCGUGCCAGGUGACAUGGUGGCUAUCCGCUUUCUGAGUAAUGGCGUCAACCGGCAGCAGGGUUUCCGUGGCUACUGGACCACCGAUGCCAAUGUCAUCCCCACUCUACCUCCUCCCACGCCCAACCCUUGGGACAACAUCACCAUCAGCUGGCCAGAAGACUGCGGAAAUCCGGCUGUCACCCCCAAUACAGCUACAGUGAGAGUUGUUAAUGGAGAGGAAGCAGUCCGCCAUUCCUGGCCAUGGCAAGUCUCUAUGCAGGCCUCACCGUUGUCUCCUAUCCCUUACAUGCACGGCUGUGGUGGUUCCUUGAUCCAUGAGGAGUGGAUCCUAACAGCUGCCCACUGUUUCAUGACCCCCCUCCAACAAACCUCGUACUGGCGCAUGUGCCUGGGGAAGCACUACAUGAACUCGUCCUGGGACAUUCCGUCGGCAGAGGCGUGCUACAAGGUGGACGCCAUCAUCCGCCACGAGGGCUUUGUCUACGAGCAGGACCGUACCGACAUCUCCAACGACAUCGCCCUGGUGCACCUGGUGCAACCGGUCAACAUGACGAGGGAAAUCAGUCCUGUCUGUCUGCCUCAGCCCGGAGAGCUGGUGCAACCUGGGAAACGCUGCUUUGUCACUGGAUGGGGCGAUGAGAAAGGAAAUCUCUUCCCCAAAGUGUCUGAUAAACUCAACCAGGCAGCUCUUCCUGUAGUGGACUUCGAGACCUGCAGCAAGCCCGCCUACUGGUGGGAUGCCCUGCGACCCUCCAUGAUCUGCGCUGGUUACGAGUCCCCAGAUGAGCUCAAGUCGGCGUGCCAGGGUGACUCUGGAGGCCCAUUCGCUUGCACUGCCGCCGGGGACGACACCACUUGGGAGGUGCACGGCGUGGUUAGUUUCGGACCUCAGGGGUGCAUCAAAGACAAGAAACCGUCAGUGUUCACGCGCGUUUCGGCUUUUAGCCACUGGAUUAACGACAACAUCAAGAGGUUUAUGUAUGAAGGGACAACAACAUCACCGUAACGCAUAGCAAUAAUUCGGAUAUGUAAUAAAUAAGCAAUCGCGCUACAGUAUUAUAUAUUGUAUAAAAACAUUGUGAUAAGAAUUCUAUAGAAGAGUAAAUGUUGAGGACAUCUGGUUUCUCCAAUGUUUUUGUGAUGUCCAUAUGAAAUGAAGACAUUUUAACCAGUGUUGUUUAAAUAAUGUGCAAUAUAGACUUAUCAAGAUCUAGCUGGUUGCCCUACCCAAGAUGGCCACCAGCUAUACAUUAAGUGCCAUGCUGUCAAGCUACCAAACUGAUUUUCACAAUAAAUGUGGUGACUAUGCUUACAGUGACAAUAA